AUGUACCACUACCUUGGUGUGUUCACUCUUCUUGCCGUGGUGCCUACAGUGGCUAGUUACUGUAAAUGCGUUCCAGGUCAAGAAUGUUGGCCUUCCGAAGACCAGUGGGCACGAUUCAAUUAUUCGAUAAAUUCUCAGCUGAUCGCUACAAAUCCGGUAGCUUCACCCUGUUACCGCGGUACACUUUCGGACAACAAAACAUGCGACAUGAUUGCUCGCAGUUGGUCUAGCGCAGAUUUUCAGUCUUCGCAGCCAAUUGGAUAUGCAUACCCAUUGAACAACUCAUGUCCGUUGGUCAUCUCAACCUCCCCAUUACCAGAGUCACAGUGUACAGUGGGCGGCUUUCCGACAUUUGCUGUCAAUGUUACAUCAGAAGAUCACAUCGUAGAUACCAUUCAAUUCGCUAAACUCAAUAACAUCAGGGCUGUUUUGAAAUCCACCGGACAUGACUUUCUCCAAAGGUCGACAGGGCAUGGGAGUAUUUCCAUUUGGCUCCGUCAUUUGAGGCAAGGCUUCACUUUUAAUAAUCACAAGGUCAUACAGGAUUGUUUCGGGACAGUUUGGAACGGAAGCACGCUUACGAUUAGAGGAUCAUAUGCUUGGUCAGACCUCUAUGAAGCCGCAGCUCAAAACGAUGUCAUACUCGUCGGAGGCAACAAUGAAGGGCCGAGUAGUACUGGUGGUUGGGUUCAAGGAGGAGGCCACAGUCCUGUCACACGAUACUACGGCCUUGGGGCGAACCAAGUACUUUCUGCCAGAGUUAUAUUAGCCUCUGGCGAAAUUGUCCAAGCCAACAGAUGCACGAAUAGUGAUUUAUUCUACGCUAUUCGUGGUGGGGGCGGCGGAACUUUUGGUGUUGUUACUGAGAUGACCGUCAAGACAUAUCCAUCAAGAAACGUCACUGUCGCAAAAUUGACAAUUGAAUCACAGGGCGAAGAUACUAUCGCGGGAUUUCUUGAUGCUGUGACCGAGGUGUACGCAUCAUACCCUAGGCUUUCCCUGAAAGGAUUCGCCGGGUAUGGCUACUGGUCCGCACAUGUCACGCCUAGCGGGAACGUGACCAAACCUGCCCACAGUUUCCAACAGUCUUUUAUCAUGCUUGGUGUCUCCUUACAGCAUGCACAAGAGUCGUUCUCUAGUCUGAGUAACAGCCUUGCACGCAACCAGUCUAACAGGGGUGUCCAAGUUUCAAUAUCAUGGCAUACCUACUACAAGUAUGCUUCCUACUACAAAUCGAAGGAUGACACAGUCGCGAGGGUUGGUUCUGUUUCAGCUCUUUCCUCUCGUCUUUUGGACGCAGAGGCACUUUCACAGAAUAUUACAAAGCUUCGUCGAGCUAUGGAUGUUAUGGCAGGGUCUCCUGGCAAACCUGUCUAUCAUACCAUCGUGCACCACGGCAUGGAGCUAUCUGAAAAGUCACUAGGAAGAGAUGGGUCUGGGGUUCAGCCUGGCUGGUAUCGUUCUGUUAUCCUGGACAUAUUUGAAAGAGCAAUGAAUGGUACCCAAGUAAGCCAAAAUCUCGAUGCGUUUGCACACUUGCGCCAGGUGCUCACACCAACCUAUCGCGAGUUAUCACCAAAAACUGGAACUUAUAUGAAUGAAGCCGACUGGGGGGACUUGAACUGGCAAGAAGAUUUCUUUGGCUCACAAUGGAAGAAUCUAAGCACAGUGAAAGCAAAAUAUGACCCUAACGGGGUCUUCUACUGUGAAACUUGUGUCGGCAGCGACGAAUGGCAUAUUAAUAAUGGCGGUGCAUUAUGCCAGGUUUAG